AUGGAUUUCGCGCCCUACCAAAAUCAAUCUCCUGAACUCUCACGAGCCCUCUCCCCACCUCCACAAGAAGGUCGACGUUCUUUCUCCCCGAAACCUCGACGCUCGUACUCCCCCGCCCUGCCAUCACCACGCAAUGCGCCUCCUCCGCAUGCGAAUCCACAUAGUUAUUUUGGGGGCCAUGGAGGAGAUGUGGAAAGCGGGGCAGGGAGGGAGAGGUUGAAUGAGUUUGAGACGAGUUUGCCGAUUAGGUUGGACUAUGAGGCUUGUCUGGCUUAUUUAUUAUUGCCUCCAGCAAGCGGAGUGCUGUUGUUGGUUUUGGAGCAUAAGAGUGAUUAUGUGAGAUUCCAUGCGUGGCAGUCGGCGUUGCUGUUCACGGCGGUCUUCGUUCUGCAUUUGAUAUUCUCGUGGUCAACGUUUAUGUCUUGGCUUAUUUUUAUUGGAGAUCUCGGGUUAAUUGGUUUCUUGACAAUGAGGGCAUACAAGGAUGCGGAUACGCUGGACCGAUGCGAAGUACCUUUCUUUGGGCCACUUGCAAGCAGGUUCCUUGACGAUGAAUGA